GUAGAAAACAUGCCUGAACCAGCGAAGUCUGCGCCUAAAAAGGGCUCGAAGAAGGCAGUGACGAAGACUGCCGGAAAGGGGGGAAAGAAGCGCAAGAGGUCCAGGAAGGAGAGCUACGCCAUUUACGUAUACAAGGUCCUGAAGCAAGUUCAUCCGGACACGGGUAUUUCUUCCAAGGCCAUGGGUAUCAUGAAUUCUUUCGUCAAUGAUAUCUUCGAGCGUAUCGCUGGUGAGGCGUCCCGCCUGGCUCAUUACAACAAGCGCUCCACCAUUACUUCCAGGGAGAUCCAGACAGCCGUGCGCCUUCUGCUUCCUGGCGAGCUGGCCAAGCACGCCGUGUCUGAGGGGACCAAGGCGGUCACCAAGUACACCAGCUCCAAGUAAAGCUUCUGCCGCUUUGCAAAAGGAAACCAAAGGCUCUUUUAAGAGCCACAUAUAAAGU